AACCUACACACCACAGGCUGCACCUCAUUUAUUCGACUACAUAUAUCAAAAGAAUACACAGGCAGGACGUACUUCAAGACUGACCGCUUUGUAGUUCGUGCACUGCUCGCUGGCCUUAGACCUCGAUCGCUUUCUUCUUAUCGAGCUAGCUAGCUUCCUCUCCUACUAACUUUUCCCAUCCCGAUGCAGAAAACUGAUCUAGUACUGGUACGUGCAGAGCUGUGUUUUUAAGGGAAACCGCGCGCCUAAUUGUCCUCGGUUCAUAUUUCUUACCCGUUGAUCUGAAAUAGCUAGCAUAUCUUCGCUGAACUGCGACGAUGUUGCACUGGUGCGGUAAUGGUAGCAGCGGCAGCACCACGGCGCCCUGCUCAUUUUCCAUUUUGUUCCCCGUUUCUGGGAAGCAAGUGAUGGAGGAAGGUGUCGACGGCGGUACUGUCUCUUCAUCUGUGGACUGCACGCUGACGUUGGGAACCCCAUACACGCGCUAUCUGUCCUCUUCUUCUUCUUCUUCUUCAUCGGCAAUGCAGAGUUCUUCAUCGUCGACUUCCUUGUGCUGGGAUAUAACGCCUCAGCCGGGUAAACACUCUUCCUCGGCGAAUGCUGGUGGAAGUUUCACGGGCUCAGUCAGCGGCAGGGGUGGCACUUAUCUCAACGGCGAUCCUUUCUUACUCGCCCGCCGCUGUGCCAACUGCGACACCACCUCCACCCCUCUUUGGAGAAACGGUCCCCGUGGACCUAAGUCGCUUUGCAACGCGUGUGGGAUUAGGUACAAAAAGGAAGAACGGCGUGCAGCAGCUUCUUCUGCGGCAACGGUGGUACCUGUGGUGAGUGAGGCGAUCGGCUACGGUUAUACGAGAGGGCAGCCGCAGCACCCAUGGAGUUGUUACACUCCGGCAACCGCGGCAGUGAAUAUCUCAUCUGUAUCUGUAUACAACGGCGAGGCAGAAGAGCAGAGGGAGCUGUAUCUCCCAUGGAGGCUAAAUGUUGUUCCUCAACAGUUUCAGGCGGUCGCCGAAAGGGGCGGACUUUCUCAAUACCAGUAGACAAGUUGAAUGUGCUUCUAUAUUAAAUGUGGUUGAUAUAGUUGCAAUAACUACAUUUUCUUUGGAACUUCUUUGUAGUA